AUGGGCCUGAGCGACGACAAGGAUCGCAUUGUGAUAAACGUGGGAGGGAUCAGACAUCAGACAUACCGCAGCACCCUGCGCACCCUACCUGGCACCCGCUUGUCCUGGCUGGCCGAGCCUGAUGCACCCAACCACUUUGACUAUGAUGCCAAGAUCGAGGAAUUUUUCUUCGACCGCCACCCUGGCGUUUUUGCACAUAUCCUUAAUUACUACAGGACAGGUAAGCUGCACUGCCCGGCUGAUGUCUGCGGGCCGCUCUAUGAGGAGGAACUGGCCUUCUGGGGCAUCGAUGAGACAGACGUGGAGCCAUGCUGCUGGAUGACCUAUCGCCAGCACCGGGAGGCAGAGGAGGCUCUUGAUAGUUUCGGCGGGGGGGGCCUGUUAGACCUGGGGAACGAUGAUCAGGAGCCGGAGCAGGAGCAUGCUGAGGAUGAUGUGGAUGAAAUGACUAGGAGGCUGGCACAGGGAGACUCUCCUGACACCAGGAGUGGAAGCCUGUGGAGCCGGUGGCAGAGGCGUGUCUGGGCUCUGUUUGAGGACCCUUACUCCUCUAAAUAUGCAAGGUGGGUGGCUCUGGCCUCGCUGUUCUUUAUUCUGGUGUCCAUCACCACCUUCUGUCUGGAGACCCAUGAGGCCUUCAACCCCAUCAUCAACCGCACUGAGGUGGAACUGGUGGACAAUGUCACGGUGGAGAACACCUACCAGGAGACUGAGACUGCAGCCUACCUCACCUACAUCGAAGGCGUCUGUGUGGUGUGGUUCACUUUUGAAUUUCUAAUGCGAAUAACUUUCUGCCCCAAUAAGUUUGACUUCAUUCGGAACGCCCUGAACAUCAUCGACUUCGUGGCCAUCCUGCCCUUCUACCUAGAGGUGGGCCUCAGCGGGCUCUCCUCCAAGGCAGCUAAGGACGUCCUGGGUUUCCUGAGAGUGGUUCGCUUUGUGCGGAUCCUGCGUAUCUUCAAGCUGACACGUCACUUUGUUGGGCUGAGGGUGUUGGGCCACACUCUGAGGGCGAGCACCAACGAGUUCCUGCUCCUUAUCAUCUUCCUCGCUCUUGGUGUCCUCAUCUUUGCUACUAUGAUCUACUACGCUGAACGAAUCGGAGCUAACCCCAACGACCCACGAGCCAGCGAGCACACACACUUCAAGAACAUCCCGAUUGGAUUCUGGUGGGCUGUGGUGACCAUGACGACCCUGGGCUAUGGAGACAUGUACCCUCAGACGACCUCCGGUAUGCUGGUUGGAGCCCUCUGCGCCCUGGCAGGUGUGCUGACCAUCGCCAUGCCCGUCCCUGUGAUUGUCAACAACUUUGGAAUGUAUUACUCCCUGGCCAUGGCAAAACAGAAACUACCAAAGAAAAAAAAUAGGCAUAUCCCUCGGGCACCCCAACCAGGUUCUCCUAACUUCUGUAAGACAAGCAUCACCUCUCAGCAUCCAAGCCCUAUCCCCCAUGACGAUGUUUUUGAGAUAAAAUUUCAAGAUUCCAAGCUCAAUGGUGAGGCAGCUAACGCAGCUCUGGCCAAUGAAGAUUGCCCUCAUAUAGACCAGGCCAUAUCUCCGGAGGAAAUCUUCAGCCCCAGCGAGAGAGAGCGGCCCUGCUUCCUGGUCACGACUGCUGAACGCCCCAACCACACAGGGGGCAGAGUGAGGAGGGGUUAUGAAAAGCCUUGGAGCCUUAACAGCAUGUCUGGCAUGAGCGGGGAUGCCUCUGGAGUGUCCUCAGUGUCCGCCCUGCCCUGCAGCCCACCCUGUCUAAUGCAGCACUCACAUUCUCCCAUCCCAUCCAUUAUGUAGCAUGGUUGAGUAGCAGACACAAUGCCAUUGGAAGGCCAGUCCACACUCCUCCUCCUUAUCUUUCCUGUCAAAUUUUGCUUUGACACUUUCCUUCGCUCCUGCAUUUUUUUUCUUCAUUUUUAUUUCUUUACUUUUCUGGAAAACUGUAUCUUAACUGUGCUUAUACUCAAGCUUCCCAAGUGUUCUCCUUGGGUGUGUCAUCAUAUCCUAGACUAGAAAACAUUGGCACAUGCCACUCUGCAUGGGUCACCUCAGUUGCAGACAAAGCACUGUUCUACUUCUACCACAGGCUAACCCCACUCUUUUUUCCUUGUGUUUACAUCAUUGCCUGUUGCUCUGUUGCUUUUGAUCUCUCAUACUCUUCUGCCAAUAACUUUUAUCUCAUUUGCUUUUUACAAUUUUGUGAAAGAAUUUUUCAUAAGAUGUAACCCCUGCUAACACUAUGCUGGACAUUAACAAUACAAGGCUUUUAAACAUAUCCAAAAGCUGUUAAGAGAACUCCUCUUAAGUGCUUUGUACGUUGCAAAGUAGAGACGUUAUCAUUCUGAAAGUGCAAUCCAGACAAGACUCAACGUUACCUGAGUGGCCAUUAAAAAAAAAUAUUUGAACAUGAUGUUCAUGAUGUCCAAUGCAAUAUGGAGAUGAUGACAAUUCCUAUGAUACCAGUGAUGAAUACAUCUAAUGUCAACAGAACUAAAACUGUCUGUUCAUUUGCAUGAACUGCAUGAGAAAUUAUGUUCAACAAGAAGCUAACUGUAUUGCAGUACUUGUAAGAAAAAAAAGAGAAAAUUUUCUUUCAAAAGCUUCUAAAGCUUUGUCAUUUUUAUGCAUUUUGAGACAGCUUUACAAGAGACUCAGUCAUAGCAGAGAUUUUUAUGUAGCUGCCAUUCUUUGCCUUUCCCCAAAUUCAUAUAUUUAUUUUUCUUGUAUUUAUUUGACUGGGGCCUCCAACUAAAAUAGCGUGAUUUAACUUGAACAAUCUGUCAUAAAGCCAACUAAUGCUGUUAUGAGCAUAAGUAGUUUUUAUACAAAUAUAUUUACUGGUAGUUUUUAAACAGUAUCAAUAGACUGCAGCAACUUCUAUUACUGCUGUGCUGCUAAAUUAAGGCAGGACUCAUUAAUUAUGAAACAACGGUGCCUUCAUACCUGGUGAGGCAAAGUAAAAGCGAGUAAUAAAUUGACAUGAUAUUACGUAAGUGUUCCCAGUGUAGCAUCAUUACACUUUAUACCAUGCUCAUAACAGUGUAAUAAAAGCUUUAUUUUAUAAGGUGCACCUUGUUCCUAUUGCACCACACUCGCACCCUUAAUCAUGGUUAAAAAAAAAUACCCUCUUGGUUAUUGCUGUUACACCACUGAACACAGAGUAGGAUUUAGUCUUUAGAGGAUACCUAGCACCAAGCAAAAAAGAAAAAUGUAAGAAAAAAAGAAAAUAGUGACAUAUUAGUCCCCAUCUUUUUGUAUAAUAAAGCACAAAAUAUUACUAAAGGGGACCAGGCAACUACAGAUUCAAUAUAUAUAGAUAUAUAUAAGUUUUGAUCAACCAGAGAUGUCACAAUGACUUCUACAGUAUGUAUGUCUAUGAUUUAAAACAUCAAUACUGUUACUGUUACAUGUAUUGAUACUGUCCCAAUAAUUAUGCACAAGUUUUUCAGGGCACUUUACCAAAUUUUAUGUUGACCAAUCUGAAAUGUUCAUUUCGAGAAGAAGAUAUAGUACAGUAAUUAUAGCAACUCAUCUAAGUUUUGUUUUUAUUCCGAAUGAGCAGAGUUUUACAUUUUGAGUCAUGUCUCUUGUGGUAAUUAAUGGACGUUCUACAUUUAAAAAAAAAAAAAAAAAACUUGUGAAGAUUUGAUGUGAAGAAAUGCAGGUGAAUUAUAUGCUCAUGCAAUUCAAGUGAGGGGGAAAAAAGUACGAUACGACAUAGUAUGGGAUGUGGGUCUACUUGGGGAAAGGUAAAUGCAUGUAUUUUACAUUUAUGCAACAGAAAAGUAUUCGAAUAAAAUAUGUAAAUAUAAGUCCUUGCAUGAAAUAAAUUUUAUACACAACGAG